GCCCAAGUACAGCGCCUCAUUAGCAAACAGUUCGCUAGUGACUAGUGCUGAAGGAGGAACAAGCAUCUUUAACCCAAUAAAAUAAAUAAAUAAUGGGUGUGUUCCGUGGGUUGUUGUUGUUGGUGCUUGCGGUGGCCUUUGUCCAGGCAGGAGUGAUAAAAAAUACACCAGAAAAUGCGGCACGACUCCGGAACCUGCGACCGGACGAGCUGGCCGAGGAGCUUAGCGGGCAGUUUGAAGGUGACAUUGUGCUGAGCGAGGAACAGGAACGAUCGCUCCUAAGCAGCAGACGCAACGGGUUGAUUGCAACGACCUACCGCUGGCCGGGUAAUACCGUGCCGGUGAUGAUCGUCGAGGAGGACUUUACUUCGGAACAGAUCGAACACAUUAAGCGCGGUUUGCGCCAAAUCGAGUCCGUCACCUGUUUGAAGUUUGUAACGCGCACCGAGGAGCCGGAUUACGUGCGUGUGAUCGGUACCGGGUCGGGAUGCUACUCGUCCGUCGGUCACCGGGGUGGUGCGCAAACGCUUAACCUGCAACCUUACGAUGUCGAUACCGGGUGCUUCCGGUUGGCCACGAUCGUGCACGAGUUUAUCCAUGCGGUUGGGUUCUACCAUCAGCAGAGCGCCAGCGAUCGCGACCAGUUCGUCCAGAUCGUGUGGGACAACAUCGAGGAUGGCAAGGAGCACAACUUUAACAUCUACGACAGUGACACGGUGACGGACUUUAGCGUGCAGUACGAUUACGGCAGCGUGAUGCACUACAGCUCGACCGCUUUCAGCAAGAACGGGGAGAAAACGAUCGUCCCGAAGGAUCCGAACGCGACGAUCGGCCAGCGGGUCGGUAUGAGCGAGCGGGACAUCUCCAAACUGAACCACAUGUACAAGUGUUUGAAUAAAAAUUGAGCGUACAGCGUGGCA